AUGAUACGAAUUACUUAUCAUUAUUACGAUGAUUCAGGUGUUUUUCUUCAUACAACAUUAAAUCAUAUUAAUUAUGCAUUUAUCAAUGGUGACCAUGGAAUUAUUCAUAUACUUGAUUUAUAUAUUUAUAUAACGAAAGUUAAAGUAAUAGAAAAUACGAUGAAACAUGAAGUCCAUUCACCAAAACUAUUUUAUCCAGCAGUUGGAUGUCUUCAAAUCGCAUAUCGUUUAACAACAAAUGGAAAAUUGCAAGAAGCUGUUGAAAAAUUUCGUUCAAUAUUAUUAUCUGUUGCAUUAUGUUUUGUUGAAUCACGUCAAGAUAUUCUUGAGAGUCAACAAUUAACUGAAAUAUGUAAAGAAUAUAUUGUUGGUUUACAAAUUGAAAAUCUAUUAUCCGGUGCAGCCUAUUUACCGAAUUUUAUAGGACAAUUAUGUCGAGUUACAAAAGCAACUGAAAUUGGAAUUCUAAUUCUAUUAUCAUUAUUAUUAACUUAUAAUCAUUAUGGUGAUGAAAAUCUUGAUUCUACUAUAGAAAAACAUGAUCUUAAUGGAGCAUUUCCAAGAAUUGUUAUAAUAACAACAAUGAAACGAGAAACAACACCAUCGGGAAGAUGCGUUAUUGAAAAACAAAUUCAAUAA